CACACUGCUCCGCGCGGCUUGGCGUCAGCGACACCCCUGCGGCCGUGCUCAGAAACACACACACGUCAUGGCACAGAAAGCAGAGACGUCGGGGUCGUGGACGCUCAAGAGGACCUCCACCUGUGUUGUCCGCCUCUUGAGCCAACAUUCGGAGGAGCACUAUAACCUGGCCUACUCCCUCCACCAGCUGUCGGAACAGGGCAACACGGAGGUGCUGAAAAAGAAACUGAUGUCGACUAAGGACAUCGACCAGCUGGAUGGCGAGCAGCUGGCCCCCUUACACUACGCCGCCCGCUACAGCAGGCUCCGUGCCAUGGGCCUCCUCCUGGCGAGUGGCGCUCGCCCUGACGUCCGCGACCUAGACCACCGCACGCCCCUUCACUAUGUCGCCAGGUGCAGGGCAAAGGUGCACAGUCUGGCCUCGUACUCCUCCAGGGGCACGCGAUUGGUGGAAGUCCCGGGCACCGCUCCUGCCGCAGCAGAGCGCAGAAGUGUGCAUGAGAGACCUGCUGAGGGAGAAGAGGAGUCUGCUGUGCGACCUGCUGAGGGAGAAGAGGAGUCUGCAGUGCAGCUUCUCUGCCGCCACGGGGCAAGUGUCGCCCCGCAGGACAAGUAUGGCUACACGCCCCUGCACCUCGCCGCCAUGACGGCCAACACAGCCGUAGCCUCCGAACUCGUGGAGGCGUGUCAAGCCAGCGUCGAGAUCGGGGACAACCAGGAGAUGACGCCGCUGAUGGUAGCGGCCACACACGGCCACGUGGCCAUAGCCAGACUCCUGCUGGAGAGCGGCCGUGCAGAGCUGCUGAAGACCGACUCCUUCGGGAAGACUGCCCUCCACAGUGCCUCCAGGGGCGGCCACUUGGGGAUGGUCAACCUUCUACUGCACAAGGGCAGGAACAGCAAAGGCUUCAUGAACUUCCUUGACGCCAAGGACGCGCAGGACAAGACGGCCCUCUACCACGCCUGCAGCAACGGUCACGCGCUGGUGGCGUGUGUACUCCUGCAGGAGAAGGCAGACGUGGAAGCCAGCACCAAGACGUUGGCGACGCCUCUCCACGCCUCCGCCAGCGUCGGCAGCCUCGACACCAUUACCGUCCUCCUCAAGUACAAAGCCCGGGUGGACGCUCCCGACCUGUUCCAGCGGACGCCGCUCAUGUACGCCGCCGCCGGCAACCACAGUGAUGCCCUCCGCCUCCUGGUCCAGCACGGCGCCUCUCUGGAGCACCGCGAUCUGAACGAGUCUACGGCGCUGCUGGUAGCAGCUCAAAGCAGUCACGAGGCAGCGGUACAGACGCUGCUGGACCUGGGUGGUGACGUGCGAGCAGCCGACAAGCUAGACAAGACGGCUGUAUACUACAGCGCCGAGAAGGGCAAGAUAGGAACGCUCAAGGCGCUGUUGGUCAAGGCUGAGAGCCGAGAGGUGGUCAACGCCACGGACUGUAACGGACGCCCUCCCCUGCACGUGGCUGUGGAGCCCGGCAACGUGGCGGUGGUCGAGGCUCUUCUGAAAGCCGGAGCCUCCGUGCAAAGCAGGAACGAGGAGCAGGAUACAGUGCUCCACCUUGCCGCCAGUAGAGGCUCCGUCAGGUUGGUGAGCCAGUUGGUGUCCAAGUGCAGCCAGUUGGUCAACGCCGAAAAUGGGGACCUGAACACGGCGCUCCACCUGGCGUGUAAGGCGGGGCAGGAGGGCGUGGCUAGGGCCCUGCUAGGAGCUGGGGCCAACCACUCUGCCACCAACGCCGCCUGCGUUACGCCCCUCCACCUGGCCGCUGCUGGGGGCCACGCCGCCUCCUGCCGCCUCCUGCUCGACUCCGGCGCCCCGGCGGACCAACACGACAAGGAGAACAAGACCCCGCUGAUGUUGGGGGUGGUGGAGGGUCACGUAGCGGUGGUGAGGGUGUUGUUGGAGAAGGGAGCCUCCCUCACUGUGCGCGACAACAGCGGCUUGAAUCCCCUCCAGUUGGCAACUCUCGCUGGCCAGAGGGACACCGCUAUGGUGAUAGUCACCUCGCCACAGUGGAAGGAGGCUCUGCGGCACAGAGCGACGACCCAUGAGGAGUGGCGCACUACUCCCUUCAGAAUGCUGGUGGUGAGGCUUCCUGACGUCGCUGAAGAAGUCCUCAACAGAUGCAUAAAGCCGAAGAGCAGCAGCAACACUUCCAACGACACCAGCGCCAAAGACGACGACACCGGCGAGUUGAACUUCGAGUAUCUGGAGGACAUCUUCCAGACGCAGGACAACCCCAGCCAAGUGGCUAGUGAGUCGGAACCCACGGCUACUGCCAAGAACAACGAGGACGCCAGGCUCCUGAACGAGAAAAAGGGAACCGAGUCUUCGGUACUGAAGCCCUAUAGUACUGACGCCAGGCUCCUCUACACCAACCACCCGCUCACGCUCAUGAUCAAACACCGCCGGGAGACACUCCUGGCGCACCCCGUCUGCGUCCAUCUCAUCAAACGCAAGUGGAUGAGUUAUGGCAGAUUUGUGUACUUGGUGAACCUAGCGUUCUACCUGGUCUUCCUUGUGUCCUUGACAGCCUGUGUCCUCUCCGCCAGAGACCCCAACUGGAAGUUUGAUAACGACACUCACCCAGGGAAGGAACUUUUGAAAAACCCUGAUGUCUGUAAGGAGCAAGCGAAUUGGAGGGAGUGGCAAGGCCCGGCCUUUAUUUCAGUUACUAAGUGGUGUGUAGUGUUCGUGGCUUUCCUGGAGAUGGUCAAAGAGCUCUCCCACUUCUACCAGGCCCGGACGGCUUACCUGAGAGGACAGAACCUGGUGGAGUGGGUCUGCUACUCCUCCGCCGUCCUCUUUGUCUUGGACUUCAAUGGCUGCCCCGUCAAACAGGGAUGGCAGUGGCAGAUGGGAGCCAUGGCCAUCUUCCUGGCCUGGAUGGACCUGCUGCUCUUCAUCCGCGUCUUUCCCUUCUUCGGCAUCUACGUCAUCAUGUUCACCGAGGUCCUCAAAACGUUCAUUAGCUUCUUCGUGGUUUUCUUCAUGUUCAUCGUCGCCUUCGGCCUUGGCUUCCACACGGUGCUAGAAGACAAAGAAUUCUACACAACGCCAGGCCGUUCCUUCAUGAGGACAGCCGCCAUGAUGGCGGGAGAGAUAGGCUACGAGGACAUCGUCAGUGGUGGAGAGUACGCUGCAGUGACGUACAUCUUAGUCAUGGCGUUCCUGGUGAUCAUGUCCAUUCUCAUCAUGAACUUGUUGGUGGGUCUGGCUGUCGACGACAUCAAGGCCGUGCAGGAGUACGCCAUGUUGCAGAAGCUGGCCAUACAGGCGAAGCUGGUCCUGGAAAUAGAGAUGGUGAUCCCAGAGUUUAUACGCAGAGACAUGGCGAAGAAGCCUAAGAUAGAGGUGGUCUUGAGCAAGAAUACGAUACUUCAGAAGUUACUUGCCAAGUUCAGCUUCUACCAAGAGAAGGAGACGAGCGAGUUAACUGAACUGCGGCGUGAGAUUCAACACCUCAGGGCGUCUGUAGAUGACCUACUGGAGAUGAAGGCCUCCCUGUGCGACCUGGUACCUCAGGUCAAACUCACAUGACCUGGCUCGGGUCAAGAACCUGAGGUGAACCAGAACUUGACGGGAUCAAGAACCUGAGGUGAACCAGAACUUGACGGGACCAAGAAGCCUCAUGGUUACACAAGAAUUGCCAAUAAAAUCUGCCGCUGGUGUUCAAUGCGAGGAUGUUCACUUGUUACGACCUCAGUCGUGUUGGGAAUCACCACAACUGUUCACAGGAAAUUAUUCAGUUAUUGUUCAUUUUGCUUUGUCACUGACUAACUUUGGGACCCAGUUGUGCUACUGCUCCAAUCUAUUUGAGGUAUGUCAAAGUGGUGGGUAAUAAACUAGCUACGUUUGCAACCUGCUAAAGAGUCGAGUCUAGUGCACCCUAGAGAGGGUACAGGUCGCCAGCACAUUCUCACUUGACAAACGUCAAGUCUGAUGUGUUUUUGCCUAACCAAAAGCGUACAAACCCAAGCAACUCUCCUAUCGCAAUCGAGGCAUUAGUACGAAAUAGCGUUAAUAAUACCGUGUUUUUAAUUUUAUUAAACCAUAAUAAUUUUGACGUUUUGGUCGAUUUCGUUAAGUGUGAGAACAGAUUGGUUUCACUCCUCUACUGUCAUUUCGUUGCUUAAAUAGCAAUAGACACUGUCCUCCAAAAACUAA